CUUUGAGCAGUUAACAGCUGGAUAGUUGGGCAGAGUGAGAGAAAGAUCACCCAGGCAGAGGGUCAAAGGGAACAAAAAGACCAACAGAUACACUGACAAAAAAAGCAAGUUUCAGACAAGUGUACAAACUCCGCUCAUAAUGGACAUUGCUGCACGAGUCACGCUUCCUGCACUCUUGGUGGCAUUGCUGGGACCCCUCCUGGCACUUUCAGUCUCCAUGUCCCAGGCAGAGGACUCUGUUGCUGACAUCCUGCCCAGUCACAGUCCGGCACGGGACUCAGAGGAGGCUGGGCGUUUGCUGCCGUUGCUCUGUGCCCAAACCUCUCCUUCCCUCUCCCCCCCUUCCUCUGCUCAUGCACUGCGGCCCUCAGACAUUGCUUUGGUAUCUGCCAUUGGCCUGCCCCACCCACACAGGAGUGAGUCAUUUAAGGUGCUGAGUAGAUUAUUUGAGAUUCUGUCAAUGUUCAACCCUACUCUUACCAACCUGCUGCCUGACCAGACAAGCAUGCAGUCCUCACAGUACAGGAGCUUGCCCCAGCAGGCUGAGGGUCUGCUGCACAGUCUGCAGGACGCAGGCUACACCGAAGACUGGAAGCUGCUGCUGUUGUUCGUCCCUGUGGAUGAGCUCUGUCUCUGUGCUGAGCAGGCUAGCACUGCAUUGACAGACACUGUACGGCAGGUUGAAGAGACGCUGGGUAAACUUCAAAGCCAGUUGAAGCACACCUUGAUCAGUGCUGUGGUGUGGGCGGGGCCAUCUGAUGAUGUCAUGGAUGCUCAACGUGCCCAAAUGUGCACCUGUGAGCAGUCUUAUAGCACAGCAGAACUCAGGUUGAAAAGGAUCGUUCUCACACAAGCCUUGCAGGAGUCUCUAGAGCGCCACCUACAGGCGAAGCAGUGGUACAGUGAGAGAGAAGACUUCGCUGUUGUGCUGCAGGCCUCUCCCAUAGUUGUGGACAUGGCGAAAUCAAUGGCACCCCCCUCUGAUCAAGAAGGAGAAAAUUUAGAGCAUGUGGCUCUGGACCUGUGGAGAAAUCUGCUGCAGCCAAUGAAAUUGCAGUCUGACGUGAAGGACAGUGACAUAAUGAGUAGACCUUGCCCCAGUGAGGACCAGCCCUUCCUGCAGACACAGAGGAACUCCCCCUCCGAACCCUUGGCCCCCCAGGACAGGAGCGUGGCCCCCUCUCCCUUCCUGGACCCCAUCAUGGGCACUGAGCUCCCUUGUGAAGACCUAAGUCCCUCCAACUCCCCUCCCACCUCAGUUCAUGCUUUGCGGCCUGGAGAUAUCAAAGUGGUAGCUGCUGUAGGAGAUUCCUUAACGGCAGGCAAUGGUGUGGGCAGCACCAACAACGACAUACUGGACGUCCUUCGCGAGUACCGAGGACUGUCAUGGAGUAUCGGCGGGGAGGCGAACCUCAGCAGCGUCACCACCCUUCCCAACAUCCUGCGGCAGUUUAACCCCUCGCUGGCCGGGUUCUCUGAGGGAAUAGGGGACGAGAACACCCCCCAAUCCUUCUUCAACCAGGCUGUUCCAGGGGCCAAAAGCGAAGCCAUGCCUACCCAAGUGCGCCGCCUUGUGGACAUGAUGAAGAAUGAUUCGCGCAUCAACUUCCAGAACGACUGGAAGGUGAUCACCAUGUUCAUCGGAGGAAAUGACCUGUGCGACUACUGCACAGACACCGUUUAUUUCUCCCCAGAUAACAUAUUAUCUCGCAUUCGGGAAGCUCUGGAUAUCCUCCACAGAGAGAUGCCCCGUGCUCUGGUGAACCUUGUGGAGCUCAUGUACAUGGUUCCCCUCAGAAAGCUGCACGAGGACAGCACCCUGAAGUGCCCUUCCUGGCUUGUAAGAGCUCUGUGCCGUUGUGUGGUAGCAGAAGGGACCUUUGAACUUCAGAACCUGAUUGACCAGAACAGAGCCUAUCAGCGUAGGAUGCAGGAGCUCAUCGAUUCAGGACGAUACGACACGCACUCUAACUUCACGGUGGUGCUGCAGCCCUUCUUCAGAGAAGUAGUGCUCCCCCUGCUGGAGGAUGGUCGACCUGAUCGCUCCUACUUCGCCCUGGACUGCUUCCACCUCAGCCAGAAGUCCCACACCCUAAUGGCCCGUGCCCUGUGGAACAACAUGCUGGAGCCCGUGGGUAAUAAAACUCACACUCAGGACUUCACCGCCGGCCUCUCGCUGAAAUGUCCCUCCAAGGCCCAACCCUUCAUGCGGACCUAUGAGAACAGCAAUUACACUUACCAGGGCCCCGCCCCCACCCCUCCACCAGUCACAAACUGGGGAAGUGACUUCUCCUGCACAGACUUGGCACCUUCCAAUCCUGCACCAACCUCAGUUCACAGACUACGGCCAGCGGAUAUCAAAGUGGUGGCUACCUUAGGGGAUUCUAUAUCUACAGGUUUUGGAGCAAAAUCAAAGAACAUCUUGCAGCUGAAAACUGAAUACAGAGGAGUGUCCUGGAGCAUCGGUGGUGAUAAGACCUUGAAGGAAGUUACAACAUUGCCCAACAUCCUAAGGAAGUUUAACCCCUCGCUCCACGGCUUCUCUCUGGGUGUGGGGACCAGCAAGACAGGCUUUAAUAUGGCAGUGUCAGGAUCUAAGGCCGACGAUAUCCCCGAUCAGGCAAGAAAGCUGAUUGAGGCUUUGAAGACAAGCAAGGAUGUGGAUUUUGCAAACGACUGGAAGCUGGUGACUCUGUUUAUCGGGGGCAACGACCUGUGUCAGUACUGCAUGGAUAGGGUCACGCUAUCACCUCAGAACUACAGUUACCACCUGAGGGAGAGCCUGGACCUGCUGUAUCAGGUUCCACGGGUGCUGGUCAACGUGGUGGAGAUCCUGCAGAUCACUGGCCUGAGGAGGAUCAACUCUGACACGCUGGGCUGCUCACUGGUGCAAAAGAACGUGUGUCCGUGCUUCCUCGUUCCCGCGGAGGACUCCCUGGAGCUGAGCGAGAUGAACAGGAUCAAUCGGCUCUACCAGGAAGAAUCACAGCGCCUGGUCUCCGGGGGGCGCUAUGACGGGCGUGAGGACUUCGCCGUGGUAACCCAGCCGUACUUCCGAAACACGGUCGUCCCCCUGAAUUCGGAUCAAAAGCCAGAUGUGAGUUUCUUCUCUGUGGACUGUUUCCACUUCAGCGAGAGAGGCCACGCAGAGAUGGCCAUCGCGCUCUGGAAUAACAUGCUGGAGCCCGAGGAGAAAAAGCAAGUCUACAAUAACUUUACAUCUGACCGCAACAAGAUCAAGUGUCCCACUCAGGACCAGCCUUACAUUUUCACCAGGGUGAACAGCUUUCCCAGCAUAUCCACCACGACCGCACCUCCGACCAUAACACACGACCCUAGCUAUGUGCCCGCGUGGGCAGCUGCCCUGCUUGCGGUCAUAGGGCUGCUGAUUGGCUGGGGCGUCACCUGGCUCCUCCUCUCCUGUAGGAAGCGGAGGAAACAGAGGAUGAAGGAGAGCGUGACUGAGAUGAAAGGACCUGACUUGUAAACUGGCACACAGACGGCAACAUCAUGUGAAUGCAUCGAUGCACGCUCACGCUUGAAAAUAUGUGCACGCCAGCAUACACUCACCCAUAUGGUUCCGCGUGCACACACACAUACACACACACACACGCACACUAUAUCUGCUCACCUACCUUAGCUGUGUGCCAUUCUGAUGUGACCAGUUUUUCUAUGUUCUGUGCAUACAUGAGGGUUGAGAAAUUUAUUUUUCUUCACACAUGCACACUUCAUCAGAUAUAUCUGUCCAAACUACUCUGGUAAUGGGGUCAGUGGAAAUGGUCUUAUUCAUUACAGAUUCCGAGCUUUUGACGAUGCUCCAUAGGCUUGUAACAUGUUGUAUAUAUGGGCUGGUUUUAAAAGAGUUGAACCAUAUCUGAAUAUAUAUGGGGAAAUAAUUAUUUCAUAGGAAUGAAUUGAUUGGCAUAUUCAUGACAAUUAAAAGGCACAUAAAUCAAAAAAAAAUGCAAGGCGUCGCUAUGUAGAAUGUUGUGUUAGUCGCUCUGGAUAAGACCGUCUGCUAAAUGCCUGUAAUGUGAUGUAAUAUAAUGUAAGGCAGCAAUGCAUUACACAGUGAAAUCUCUCAUCAACUCAAUGUAUUGACUUUUUUCAAAUGACAGUGAUUUUGAACUAAUGUACUGUGUAAAUUAUAUUUAUUUUGUAUAUUUAUACGUAAUAGUGUCCCUGUUGAAAAGCUUGAAAAUUGAUUUUGUUUCUGGAAUUCUUCUGAUACAAAUAAUGGAUUCUUAUGAUGCUCACUGUAUGUUUUUGUGUGAAAAAUACAAAUUAUUAUGAGAAAUACUAA